AUGUCAGCACCUGGGAAGUUUGAUUAUUCUUCCCCUGCGUUAGAUAGGCCUCCAUACAUAUCAAACUGUGCUGCACAGAUGGAAAGAUCAAGUAGCUUUCGUGAGCUCAUGGAACAUCCUGUCCCAUCUCAGCCAAACAUGUUGAGGGGCACUUCACCAAUAGCACAAACCAAUGUAGUUGCCACCGAUUACAAGUCUAUUCGUCCAGGUGACUUUAAGCGGCAUUCACUUCCAUCUCCUAUACCAGAAGAGAUCAAAAGACUAAAGACUGGUCUGGGCGAAAAUAAUGUGAAGGCCAGGGAGCGCGUAAAAGUUUUAAACGAAGCUUCUUCUGUAUUUAACAAGUUUUUCCCAAGUUUGCCUACAAAAAAGAGGUCUCAACCAGGAGGACUUUCUGGUGAUCGUUCUGGUGAACGCUUGGUAUCAGGAUCAGGCCUGAGUAAAAUGGGCAUUCAAGGUCCCUGGCUGGUGGUUUUGAGCUUGACCAGGAGAAGUUGGAUGAACGACCUAAAACUGGCGUUCCAAAUGAGCGAACACGUACUUCUGUGGUAA